AAAAUGGAUGGGCCCCAAAUUAUCCACCUCACGGACGAGGAGCGCGACAGUGGUGUCAUGGGAGACAAGAAGCUCUACGACGCCAUAGAAGCCUUUUUCCAAGAUGGCUUGGUUGUGAUUGAAAACGCCAUCGACACCGCCAUCAUCGACAAGCUCAAUGAUAGGAUGCUCCGGGAUACCGAACGACUGGUGCGCGCCGGUGACAACGAAGCUGGCAAGACGCGCUGCUUUAGGGGGGAACUUGUCCCAGAAUGGCUCUUCCCCGAAAUCUACGGGAACAAGUUUGGUACUCGGAUUCUCUCCUACAUUCUCGGCCCCCAGCCCGAAGCCCACUUCAUCCGAACCAACACGCUCCUCGCCACCGAGGAACGCCAGCUUGUCCAUGCCGACCUUCGUUGCGAGCACCCGAAGCAUCCUUUUGGUGUCGUCUUCAAUACUUGCCUGGUUGAUGUGGGCCCCGCCAAUGGCACAACAGAACUCUGGCUGGGUACACAACAUACUGCCAUUGAUUGCCACCGCUCUCUCGGGGAGGCUAUCAUCGCUGAAGAUCUGUUGGAGGCGAGGCGCGCCGUCAGGCGGCCAUGUUAUCCUACGAUUAAGAAGGGCUCGAUUGUUCUGCGCGACCUGAGACUUUGGCACGCUGGUAUGCCCAACCCAACGCAAGAGACACGUAUCAUGAUGGCAAUUGUCUACUUCGCCGCGUAUGUUAACUCUACAAGCUUGAUUAUAUGGACAGAAUUAUCCUUUCUCCUUUGGUCAAAGAAGACUAACGUGGCUCUUAAAUAG